GCUUCACAUGGUUUGAGCGGGUCAGUAUGAUGGUGAUUAUACUGAACUGCGUGACCCUGGGGAUGUACCAGCCCUGCGAGAACAUCGACUGCUCCUCACAGCGCUGCCAGAUCCUACAGGCGUUCGAUGCGAUGAUUUACAUCUUCUUCGCUGUGGAGAUGGUGGUGAAGAUGGUUGGCCUCGGAAUCUUUGGCAGACGCUGUUAUCUUGGCGACACCUGGAACAGACUGGACUUCUUUAUCGUGAUGGCAGGGGUUGUGGAAUACUCUCUGGACCUUCAGAACAUCAAUUUCACGGCCAUCCGGACAGUCAGGGUUCUGCGACCUCUCAAAGCCAUCAACAGAGUCCCAAGUAUGCGCAUCCUGGUUAACUUGCUGCUGGACACUCUGCCCAUGCUGGGAAACGUGCUCCUGCUCUGCUUCUUCGUCUUCUUCAUCUUUGGCAUCAUCGGUGUUCAGCUGUGGGCGGGGCUUCUGCGCAACCGAUGUUACCCUGAGGAUAAUUUUACUCUCUCUUCCGGCAUGGCCCUUCCUACCCCGUACUACUCUCCGGACGAGGAAGACGAGCGACCCUUCAUCUGCUCUCUGCCGCAGGAUAACGGGAUCAUGUCCUGCAGUGAUAUUCCGGUGCGGAGGGAGGGAGGGCGGAACUGCUGCCUGGAUGUGGAAGAUGCUCUGCACUGGCAGGCUCUGGGUAUGGCUGCCGAGCCCAUUUUCAACGCCAGCGCCGGCGCUGUCCCGGGACUCUGCGUCAACUGGAACCGCUACUAUACCCGCUGCCUCACAGGCUACAAAAACCCACACAAAGGUGCCAUCAACUUUGACAACAUUGGCUACGCCUGGAUUGUGAUAUUUCAGGUCAUAACUCUGGAGGGCUGGGUGGAGAUCAUGUACUACGUGAUGGACGCUCACUCCUUCUACAACUUCAUCUAUUUCAUCUUGCUUAUCAUAGUGGGUUCCUUCUUCAUGAUCAACCUGUGCCUGGUGGUGAUUGCGACUCAGUUCUCGGAGACGAAGCAGAGGGAGCAUCAGCUGAUGCAGGAGCAGCGGGCGGCCUGUCUCUCCUCCAGCACGCUGGCCUCUCUGGCCGAGCCGGGGGACUGUUACGAGGAACUCUUCCAGCUGGCCUGCCACAUCCUCCGGAAGGCCCGCCGACGCUCCGCCGCCCUCUUCAGAGCCUUCCGGCGCCGCCCCCGUGACCUUUCACCCACCCGACCUCAGAAAAGCAGAGCCAACAUCAACGGAGGAGAGAGAGUUCAGAAACAUCAUCAAGCACCCCACUGUCCUCAUCACCAAACAUCUGACCACGCCCCUCCCGAAGGGUCCGCUGCUCUUCCCGUCACCCCCAGCUCCGAGGAAUGUCCUGACUGCACCAAGGCCCUCAUGCUCACCGACGGGGCGGGACCAGUGGGCACGUCAGCCAGUGAGGAAGCAGAGGACGGCGCGGAGCAGAAGACGGAUGAGCAGGCCGACCAAUCGGAGGAGAAGAAAGAGAAGGGGGCGUGUAAAGGGAAGUGUAAAGAGCUGUGGAUAGAGAUGAGGAUCAAACUGUGGGGAAUUGUGGAGAGCAAAUACUUCAACAGGGGGAUCAUGAUCGCUAUUCUCAUCAACACAAUCAGCAUGGGCAUCGAACAUCACGAGCAGCCAGAGGAGCUGACCAACGUUCUGGAAAUCUGCAACAUUGUGUUCACCAGCAUGUUCGCUCUGGAGAUGAUCCUGAAGCUGACGGCGUUCGGCUGCUUUAACUACCUGCGCAACCCCUACAACAUCUUUGACGGCAUCAUCGUCAUCAUCAGUGUGUGUGAGAUCGUAGGUCAGUCUGAUGGUGGUCUCUCAGUGCUGAGGACCUUCAGGCUGCUGCGUGUGUUAAAGCUGGUGCGCUUCAUGCCGGCUCUGCGGCGGCAGCUGGUGGUGCUGAUGAAGACGAUGGACAACGUGGCCACGUUCUGCAUGCUGCUCAUGCUCUUCAUCUUCAUCUUCAGUAUUCUGGGAAUGCACAUAUUCGGCUGUAAGUUCAGUCUGAAGACAGACGCCGGGGACACGGUGCCAGACAGGAAGAACUUUGACUCUCUGCUGUGGGCCAUAGUCACUGUGUUUCAGAUCCUAACUCAGGAGGACUGGAACGUGGUCCUGUAUAAUGGCAUGGCCUCCACGUCUCCUCUGGCUGCUCUCUAUUUCGUGGCUCUCAUGACGUUUGGAAACUAUGUGCUCUUCAACUUGCUGGUCGCCAUCCUGGUGGAGGGAUUCCAGGCAGAGGGUGAUGCUAAUCGCUCUUACUCAGACGAGGAUGGAUCCUCCUAUGAUGAGAGUGAGAAAUAUAAGGACUCCCUUCAGCUCUCAGAUCCCAAACUGUGUUCUUUGACACCAAACGGACAUCUGGAGCUGAGCCCUGUGGGAGGAGGAAGGAUGAGUUUUGAAGAAGAGUCCCGUAAGAGCAGCGUCACCAGUCUGGGCAAGACUAGCCUGGAGCAGCGCUCUUUUUCACUGCGGCACGGACGCAGUUCCCUCUACCGCCACUGGGGGCGCCCUCACCCUCAGUCUGUGUGGAGUCGGCGCUCCAGUUGGAACAGCGUAGGCCGUAGCUCACGUGGGCUGACCGUAGGGGGCAGUCUGAGAGUCCGUGGCCCCCAUUCCCACCCGGCUGAGCGUGAGUCCCUACUGCCCCCCCCUCCCCAGCUCUCACACCCACCCCCUCUCCUGUCCCGUCGCCUGUCCCCUCGUCGGGACCGCCGCGCUCUCUCCCUGGAAUUACCUGAGCGCUUUCAGCUUCCUGGACCCCCCCUGCAGCGCCCCCCUCUGACUAGGAUGAAGAGCUUUGGCGUGGACCACGGCUCCGGAGAGCACCAGGACUGUAAUGGGAAGACCCCCGGCCUGAGGGCCCCUCUGCUGAGUGAAGUUUACCCCCAGCUUAAUGCCCGUAAGGACAGACCCCAUCUGGACGAGGAGACUGACUAUAGCCUGUGUUUCCGGAUCCAGAAGAUGAUGGAGGUGUAUAGGCCGGACUGGUGCGAGACGAGGGAGAAUUGGUCUGUCUACUUGUUUUCCCCACAAAAUAAGUUCAGGUUGACUUGCCAGAAGAUCAUAGCACACAAGCUGUUUGACUAUGUGGUGCUGGCUUUCAUCUUCCUUAACUGCAUCACAGUGGCUCUGGAAAGACCAAAGAUUCACCAAGGCAGUUUGGAGCGAGUCUUUCUAACCAUCUCCAACUACAUCUUCACUGCCAUCUUUGUUGCUGAGAUGACGGUCAAGGUGGUAUCGAUGGGCCUGUAUCUGGGCGAGCGGGCGUACCUACGUAGCAGCUGGAACAUUCUGGACGGUUUCCUGGUCUUUGUGUCUCUGAUUGACAUUGUGGUGUCGAUGGCAGGAGGCGCAAAGAUCCUGGGAGUUCUGCGUGUUCUCAGACUGCUCAGGACACUGCGCCCUCUCAGGGUGAUCAGCCGAGCUCCUGGGCUGAAGCUGGUGGUAGAGACUCUGAUCACCUCCCUGAAGCCCAUAGGCAACAUCGUGCUCAUCUGCUGCGCUUUCUUCAUCAUCUUCGGCAUCCUCGGCGUGCAGCUCUUCAAAGGGAAGUUUUACUACUGUGUGGGCCUGGAUGUGAAGAACAUCACCAACAAGUCCGACUGUCUCUCGGCUAAAUACAAAUGGGUUCAUCACAAGUACAACUUCGACAACCUGGGGCAGGCUCUGAUGUCUCUGUUUGUGUUGGCCUCCAAAGAUGGCUGGGUCAAUAUAAUGUACCACGGGCUUGAUGCAGUGGGAAUAGACCAACAGCCGGUGAUCAACAACAACCCCUGGAUGCUGCUGUACUUCAUCUCUUUCCUCCUCAUCGUCAGCUUCUUCGUGCUGAACAUGUUCGUGGGCGUGGUGGUGGAAAACUUCCACAAGUGCCGGCAGCACCAGGAGGUGGAGGAGGCCAAGAGGAGGGAGGAGAAACGACUCCGGCGCAUGGAGAAGAAGAGGCGGAAGGCUCAGAAGUUGCCAUACUACGCCGGGUACAGCCACAUCCGUUUGAUGAUCCACUCUUUCUGUACCAGCCACUACCUGGACCUCUUCAUCACCCUCAUCAUCUGCAUCAACGUGGUCACCAUGUCGCUGGAGCACUAUGACCAGCCCAAGUCCCUGGAGACAGGUCUGAAGUACUGUAAUUACUUCUUCAGCUCCACCUUCGUGGUUGAGGCUAUGCUAAAGCUCAUUGCCUUCGGCUUCCGGCGUUUCUUCAAAGACAGGUGGAAUCAGCUAGACCUGGCUAUAGUGCUUUUAUCUGUGAUGGGCAUCACUCUCGAGGAGAUCGAGAUCAAUGCUUCCCUUCCCAUCAACCCCACCAUCAUACGGAUCAUGCGGGUCCUUCGAAUCGCUCGGGUGCUGAAACUGCUGAAGAUGGCCACAGGGAUGCGGGCUUUGCUGGACACUGUAGUUCAAGCUUUACCUCAGGUGGGGAAUCUGGGUCUGCUGUUUAUGCUGCUGUUCUUCAUCUACGCUGCUCUGGGCGUGGAGCUGUUUGGAGAGCUGGUGUGUAACGCGGAUCACCCAUGCGAAGGGAUGAGUCGACACGCUACAUUCGAGAACUUCGGCAUGGCCUUCCUGACGCUGUUCCAGGUUUCUACUGGUGACAACUGGAACGGGAUUAUGAAGGACACCUUGCGUGAGUGCCCCCAUGGCAACAACCACUCCUGUAAUGCCAGCUUGCAGUUCAUCUCCCCCAUGUACUUCGUCAGCUUCGUGCUGACCGCCCAGUUCGUGCUCAUCAACGUGGUGGUGGCCGUAUUGAUGAAGCACCUGGACGACUCCAAUAAAGAGGCUCAGGAGGAUGCAGAAAUGGAUGCGGAGAUCGAGCUGGAGCUGGCGCAGGGUGGGCUGUGCUGCCUUGGGGGGCUGGCGGCUGCGGCCGGACCUGGGCUGGGCGUCACGAGCGGAGGAGGAGGAGGCGGUGGAAGCAGUGGAGUCCACGAGAAGCCGGUUGAGUGCGGAGGAAGACAGGCAGCCAUGGUGGGGGCUCAUGUCCAUGCCAGCCAAAGCGGAUACACACCUCAAAGAGGGGGCCAUGAAUCGCAUAACCAUAGGAAGCUGUACUCACCUGCACAGGAGAAUCUAUGGCUAGACAGUGUGUCUUUGCUAAUUAAGGAUUCUCUGGAAGGAGAGAUGCAGAUGAUUGAUAACCUAUCAGGAUCUGUCUUUCAUCAUUAUUCCUCACCUGCUGUGUGCCGAGACUGCAAGUGCCAUCCAGCAGAGAUCCAGUUGGCUGAAGUGGAGCAGGCCUCCCUAAUGUCAGAGCAGCUUUCAGACAAGUCGUCUUCACCAGUGCUGCCUGACGAUCUCAGCCUUGAUGACCACAGUGUUUAUCAGCUCCUCGUUAGAGACUGCAAGGAGGACAGAGGAAGCAGCGGUUCCCAAAGUUUAGAGGAGCUUCAGACUGCAGCAGGGGAAUGCAGAAGGUCCUGUAUUCACAGCAGAGACCCCAGCUUCGGCAGUGAGGGUAGAGACGGGUCGCUCGAGCUGGGCCUUCAGGAACAGACUGAACCAGCUUCCUCUUCUUCUUCUUCUCAGCACAUGCCGUCACAAAGUCAAGAUGGCGAGCGGUGCAGCAGUAGCAGCAGAGGGGAUGGGAGGGCGUCCUCGCCUCUCUUUCAUCUCCCGGCAGAGUUCUUCCACCCAGCCACGGCCGUUCCCCAGGGGAGCCCGGCAGCAGGGGUGGCCCUGGCAGGCCGAGCAGGCUCCAGGCUCAACUCGCCGGCGUCCUGGGCUUCGCUCCGCUCCCCCGGGGCCAACACCAGGGCCGUGGGCCAACAGCCUCCGUCCCACAGCGAGUCCUCCCUGGCCAUGGGCAGUUCUGAAGGUAGCCUACAAACCGCUCUGGAGAAAGGCCUAAGCUUCAAUGUAUCUUCUCCACAGGACCUUACUUUACCCCUACCUCUGGUUAGCCCUCUGCCGGACAACACCCUCCCUUCCCCGGACCUCAGCCAGAGACUACGCCCGGCUCAGACUGGCUUCAGUCUCCAGGCCACCAGGGGGCGCCAGAGGAGCCAAAGCAGCUGUGGAGGCAGCACCAGCCCCAGCUGCAACAGGCAGGACUCCAUGGACCCUUCGGACGAGGACACGGGCAUUGGGAUCGGGGAAGGGUCGAGUCUGGCGUUCAACAGCGAACAUUUAUCGGAAACUCUCAGCAGCCUGUCGUUAACCUCCCUCCUCACGCCCGGCUCGCUUGUGCCGCCACUGGUCAAAAAGUGCAACAGCACCGGGAGCUUAGAACAGGGCAACCUUUCGGUGCGGAAUAAAGAUGGCCGGCAGUUUUACGGCAUGGACCAGCAUCAGUAUCUCUCUAACCCUUGGACGGAAGAGAAAGGUGGAGGGGCAGGGGAAAAGGGGAUGAUGGGAUUGGGAUUAAAAAGUUCCAGCCAAACGAUGGACGCUGGAUUGCGCAAGAACAGAUGAAACUCGCCCCUUGUUUGUCUAUUUUGUUUGUCGUCUCGCUUGCACUCCUCUCCAGAGCGAGAGAGAUCUUGAUCUGACCUGUUCUACGAACUCGACCCUCUCUCAGUCUUUAAUUUGUAACACAUCCGUGUUUUGUGUAGCCUUGACUAACAGGUGAAGCUCACAGGAACGGGAUGACAGGACGUCGACGAGGUUCGGGGCACGGCGGAGUCGGAAUUCUUAAGUUCGAGGCACAUUCUUGCAGGCAUUCUUGGAGGAUCCUGGGGUUUGCUGACUCAGGAUAUCCUAAAUAAUAAAGAACCAGUGGAAUACAAUGAGAAAAAAGAAAACCAAUGAAGAACCAGUAGAUUGUAGAUGGUCGAUACCUAGAUUAGCUGUGAGGAAAAAGCCCCAAAUGCUGCACAUGCUGCACAUGAACUAAAUCUGUGUUGGGAAUCUGCUAUUGAAUGAAAUGUGGAUGUGAGAGAGUUGAUCUUUUUUGCAAUGAAACCCAGCCUGCCUUGAUAUCUUACAUGCAAACAGGUGAUGUUUCAGGAAAGAAGCUUUGGGGCGAGGCUUUUGAUGUGGGACUUUUGAUGUGAGGCAUCUGGGGUUUCACGCACACAGACAGCAAAGGUAGCAAAGGAUCAGACUCCCUUAGUAAAAAUCGUAAAUCAAAGAAUGGUGAUAGGUUCUUUUUUAAAUGUGACCCUAAAUAUUAGAUUUGUGUGCAGGUAUAUGUGAACUGUCUCCAUUUGAGAAGUUAGGUACACUUAAAAAAUUGAAAAAAGAGGGCUAAUAAUUUUAAACGAUAAUACUGUAGCAAGAUAUUUGGUUUAGUUUUUUUGAAGAAAUAUCUAGGUAGUACUUUCUAUGAGUUCUGCAACAAAAAGAGAGAGGGGGUGUUUGGUUCAAUGUUUCUGGACAUAGGAAAUAUUUAGAGAAAAAAAAUGAAAUGGGUAAAAUAUGGACAGCAGCUAAACUGAAAAAAGAUCAGCAGAACUGAAGAUUGUCUCUACAAUUGCACCUCCUGGUUGAAAAAAAAUGGCUUUCCAUUUUGAGGGUUUUUUGGAGAAGGCGGGAGAGCUGAUGUUGGAACAUGAUAUUCUACCAUAAAGAUGUCAAAAAAAAAAUCAACGAAGAACUUUAUUCCUUUAUUUUUACAAGAGAAGUAGUAGAAAUCUAAUUUUCUUUAACCAAACGUUUCGUGUUGCAGCUCUGUUCAUUUCUCACAACCAUUCGCUACCAUUUUACACUUUCGACAGGAAACGGGUGAAUUCUAUUUAAGUAUGAGAAAUGCUGUUUUUGGUUUCUCUUGCAGGUUCCUUUGGUUGAGAAAGUGAACAACUUGUAGAACAUCUUGAAAUAAUUCAGGGGUCAAAACAAAUGCUUUUUUUUUUCAGGAAUUGAUUAUAAUAUGCUUCUAAUUCAGAUUGCAUGUGUGCAUUUUUAUGAUUAUUUUUCUUCGUUCAUAGCUUAUCCUCGUGUUGAGAUGUAGCUCUAGCUGCUAGGAGCCUAUUAUUUUGCAUGAUGCUAUUAUACACUUUGUUCCCUUUUUUAAUUUGAGUCUUUUGUCAUUCUGCUCAAAAGAAAACAAGGAAUCAUCGAUACAUCAUUGCAAAAAUUGACACAAUUCUGGACAAAAUUAGCUGUCAAAUAAAUAGGAUUGACUCAC